AGCAGCUGCACGCCAUCCAGCAGGCGUCCAUUGCACCAGCGUGAAGCAUCCAGCGUCCCCAGCUGCACCCCCCGAGAAUGCUGCAGCCGCGGAUAUGUCGUUUCCAGCCCUCGCGACUGGGCCGGGCGCUGCUGUCUGCCCGCACCUACGCACAGGUCCAGGCCAUCGACGUUAAACCUCCCCCAGCGAUACAGCCUACCGUGGCUGCCGACGCCGGAGUACUGAAACAGGAAGGCACGCGCAAGGAGAAGUUUAUCCCUCUGCGCACAUACAAGCCCCGCACGCCUGGUCUGCGCCAUCUCAAACGACCCGUCAACGACCACCUGUGGAAGGGACGGCCGCACCUCAAGCUCACCAUCGCCCGCAAGGGACAGCACCUCGGAGGAAGGAACAACACAGGACGGGUCACAGUCAGGCACAGAGGCGGCGGCCACAAGAGGAGGAUACGCAUCGUCGACUACAAGCGAUAUCUGCCCGGCAAGCAUGUGGUGGAGCGGAUAGAAUAUGACCCCAACCGGAGCUCGCAUCUGGCCCUCAUCACCCGCGUGGCAACUGGAGAGAAGUCGUACAUCAUCGCCGCAGAUGGCAUGAGGGCGGGAGAUGAGAUUGAGAGCUACCGGACCGGUAUCCCCAAGGAGCUGAUUGCCAGCAUGGGUGGUGGUAUCGAUCCCGGUAUGCUGGCCGCGAAGACAGCAGCUCGUGGAAACUGUCUUCCCAUCCACAUGGUGCCCCUCGGCUCCCAGGUCUACAACGUGGGUACCAAGACACAAGGUGGGGGUGUCUUCUGCCGCAGUGCAGGUACAUAUGCCAUCAUUGUGAACAAGGAGGAGGUCGAGAAGGGCAACAAUACAGAGAUCAAGCACGUUAUCAUCCGCUUGAUGAGCGGUGAAAUCCGCAAAGUCAGCGCAGACGCAUGCUGCACCAUCGGCGUUGCCAGCAACCCGCAAUCACACUUCACAUCGCUCGGAAAGGCCGGACGUUCACGGUGGCUCGGAAAGCGACCAGAGGUCCGUGGCCUCGCCAUGAAUGCAGCUGAUCAUCCCCACGGUGGUGGUCGUGGUAAAUCAAAGGGUAACGUGCACCCCGUCAGUCCAUGGGGCACUCCAGCAAAGGGAGGUUACAAGACGAGGCACAAGAGGAACAAGCACACCUUCCUCGUUCAAGAUCGCCCCCGCAAUCAAGGAAAGCGGAGGGCGAGGUAGGGUGGCCGCCGGUGUACUAUAUGCUCAAGAUGGAGCUCUACCAUAUACUGUAGUCGCAUGCCAUGCCGUCUACCAAUAUACAUCAGUACUCACCCAGUUACGCUCUUCGAUGUGUCUGCCUGAACAGCAGCAAAUGCAUAAUGUUAGCUGUGU